AUGCCUUUAACACAAUCACUGAUCCGCUUCGAGGAGGCAAUGGAGAAGGUGUACGGGCCAUUUGAAAGGAUUCCAGGAGAUACCAUCGCGAAGUGGAUUCCACCUCCGAAAUCUGGAGGCCAUAAAGGCCGCUAUCUUUGGACAGAUGCCUUCGGCGUCGUCAACUUUCUAACUCUACACCACGAAACAUCGUGUACAAGGUAUCUUCACCUUGCUAAGUCCCUGGCUGAAAACGUCCACAAUAUCCUUGGGUGGGAACGCGAUGGUAAAUCGAGACUCCCUGGGGCCACGGAUAAGGAGCCCUUGAAGGGUGGGCUCAGAAUCGGCAAAGUUGAUGCAACAGGCACAGACGGUGAUGGGCAAUAUCAUCAUUACUUGACUCUGUGGAUGUUCGCCCUAAAUCGACUCUCAAUUGCUACCAAGGAUAAGGAAUACAACACAAAAGCUAUCACGCUUGCAAAAGCCAUCCAUCCGCACUUCGUUAUCAAGUCCGGAAACACGCCGAGAAUGGUGUGGAAAAUAUCAUCAGAUAUGAAGAAAGUCCUAGUGCCGAGCGAGGGUCAUCUUGAUGCUGCAACGGGAUACGUAGUGUGUCGUUUGUUGCAGGACAGGGACGGAAGCGACACAUUGAAAGAUGAGAUAGCUGAUUACAAAGAGGUGAUGGAGGAAGAAGGAAAAUUAACAGCAUCUAAAGACCCUUUGGAUUUGGGGAUGGCCUUAUGGAUGUGUCAUUUCUUUAGGGAAGAGGAGUGGGCUGCCGAUUUAGGGAAGAAGUGCAUUUCAAAUUCAACAAUGUUAUUGAAAGAAAGGGGAGGGCUUUUCGAUCGCCCUCCGUAUUCGCGCUUAGCGUUUAGGGAAUUUGGUACAACUUUGGGAGUUAAGUGUUUUAGCAGAGACGAAUACUUGGACAAAAGAGCAGAUGAUGUAGUAAAAUUUUGGGGUGAUGAAAUGACCGGGGCUACUCCAGAGGAUUUGAAGCCAAUUACGCUGGUGAUGUAUGCUGCGGCAUUGAUUCCAGGAGGUGAGUGA